AUGGGUGUUUGUGAACUGUGGUUCGUUCUGCUUCUGCUGCUACCUGCAUAUAACAACAGCCAAGUGACUGAUGUGAACACCACUGGGAGACAACCAUAUGUUGCUAAAAUAUGCACCAAUGAAACCAAGACUCUCACACUUAUAAUAUGUAAGAUCAACACAGAGAGGAUCAGAGGACCAGAGUGUAACCUGAUGUAUCGCAUUGAACACGGCUUUAAUCAUGGAUGUGACUCCAGGUUCAGACUCAUGAAAGAGAAUCAAACUAUAUUUCUUCACCUGACCAGUUUAACACCAGAGGAUAGUGGGAACUACAGCUGUGAUUGUGUAUAUCCUGGAUAUACAGAGACUCUCCAUCUUAACAUCACUGUGGAAGAGGAUGAGGAGGCACACGAGUCCACAAAAACAUCAAUUACCAGUUCUGUUAUUGGUGUGAUUGUAUUCAUCAUUAUAACUGGAGUUAUUCUAAAAUGUAUCCACAGAAGAAAAAAUAACAGAAUACAGGAAGAGCCGCUGAGCAGUCCUACAAACAUGGAGCUUCAAGACAUUGAGCCGUACAGCACCUUCACACAAACACGGUGUGGCCUUUAUUCAACUGUCAAAUGGAGGAAGAUGUUGAAGUUCCUGAUACUUACCAGUUUUCUGUUGGAAGUUUGUACAUCGCAGAUUACUGGAUAUGGAAACAAAACAGCUGAUUACGGCGGUGAUGCACAUUACCAUUGCACACUGGAGAACCCAACAGGUGUGCUCCAGGUCACAUGGCAGAGGUUGUUCAAGGAUCAGUCCAUAGAGAAUUUGGCAACCUACAGCAAGCGGUUUGGAGAGCAAGUGAACGAUCCUUACCAGCAAAAGUUGAUGUUCACAAAGGCGUCUCUCAGCUCAACAUCUAUCGUUUUGAGGAAUUUAACAUGGGAAGAUGAAAGCUGUUAUAUUUGCUCGUUCAAUGCCUAUCCGGAGGGUUCCCAAAGAACACAGAUUUGCCUCACAGUGCAAGGACUAUCCGAGGUGAAAACUGCCGUGCAAGUUCCCAGCCCAGAACAAGAGGAUAAAGAUGUGAAAGCUGUGUUUAGCUGCUCUGCAACAGGUAAACCAGCUCCCACCAUUCAGUGGCAGGUUUCACGUCCUGCAACCGACUCAGAAGAAACAGAGACUAUCACCGUAACGAACAGUGACCACACGUUUACCAGCAGCAGCAACAUCACACUGAGAGUAUCUGCAGACUGGAGGGGAAAUGUAAAUUGCCUGGUGAAUAGUGGAAGGAGGGGACAGAGGCUGGAGUCGAUUCCUUUUCCUUUACGUGAAGGCAAUGAAGAGGACAUUAUAGAGGAGGGUGGAGGACGGUCUUUAUUAUGGAUUGCAUUUGCGAUUACUAUUGUAGUGUUGUCCUGCAUUAUUGUUACUGUUGUGAUCAAGAGAAAAAGGUCAAAGCUUGACAGAAGACCUGACAUCGUUUAA